GGGAAGCGGUGGUUCACGCUUGUAUGACGAAUCUCAAUGCGAUGAUCGUUAACAUGCUAUAAGUGUUUGCCAUAUGAGUAUAAUUUGGGGGAAAGAUCAUAAAUGGACGUCGAACCUCCCUCAUUGAGAAGGUCCGCACGACAGAAGUCAGCAAAAGUUAUACGGUUUGAAGCCAGCCCAAGGGCUCCGAUCAAGAGGACCAAGAAGGUGGCAGAGAACACGUCUCCAGCCGUGACAGUUAAUGGUUCCAGUGAAAUGGGAGAUCAUUCCGAGGAUGAUGGGUCCCCAAAGAAAAAGAGUAGACGGAACUCUACCAGAAGAAUUGAUGGAAGCGGGGAUCACGCAGACAUGGACACUGAUGAAUUGAAUGAGGAAGGGAUGAAUAUUAAGCAGGACUCGUCUCAAGCCACCAAUGAUUUACGCAUCCCUCAAGGUGAGCCGAAGUUACUACACUCCUUUGCGAUGGGUGAUCGCUAUCAAAUGGGAAUUUCUGAAAAGAACGACACAGAUUGGUCUGCACAGAAAAGUGUACGAUCAUCAGAAAAAGCCAAUGCAACAGUCACAAAGUCUAAAGUUGCAACCAGGUCACAAAAGGUUCAAGAUACUUCGGCUUACAAAGUCACCAGCAUGGCGGAGUACAAGAAAGAAAUGGACAUCAGAGCCAAGAGCGCCGCUGUGGGUGUUACGCAGCCAAUAUCUCGUGCUGAUUUGAGCAGAACAAAGCAUCAUAUUCACGGCACAUUUCCAGAGAAAGGUUACACAGUCAAACAACGUGUGCAAAACAUUUCACCGCAAAAAGAAGCUCUUCAAUUUGAAAAACAAGGCAAAAAGAAGUCAACGGCCACAACACAGGGUGCUGGAGACUCCUCUAAAGGGUUCCCGUGGUAUUUUUGCCGCCUGGCUCUGCUGGUGCUGUUGGGGACUGCAGCCGUGUUUGCUUGGAAGGCCUUCCCUCUGCAAAGGACUAAAGGGAAUGCUUCAAGUUUCUCCAACCAAAUCUAUCUGGAACAGUUUUCAAAUUUACUGUCACGUCUGAAAGCACAGUUUGUGAGUCAGAGGACUGACUUGUGGAUGAGGAGCAAGAUCCACCUGGAGAAGCACCUCAAAGAUGUUCAGCCCAAUGAGCCGGUCAGCCUCAUCUUCACUGCUGGUGUUAAAGCUGAGAAGACUCUGCACUGCCUUGCAAAAGGUUUUGCUUCAACAUUCUCUUCUGCACUUAAUGGCUCGGUCCUGCAUAUCAAUGGUUCCAGCAAAGCUGGACAGCAGAGUGAUGUGGUGAAGCUGGACAUUGACCGGCAACUACAGGAAGCCUUUGAUGGAGACACUUUUGCAGCAGUCAUUCAUAAUCUGGAGGAGCUGCCACCAGGCUCCACCAUCAUCUUUUAUCGAUACUGCGACCAUGAAAACGCUGCGUAUAAGAGAGUUUUCUUGCUGUUUACAGUGCUGUUACCUCAGGAUGAGGUGAGUGGUGAGCUUAUGUACGUGGAGGAGUUGGUGCAGGACUAUUUGAAGGAGAGACUAGUGGGCUCCAGCAGCCAAACAUCAUUCGAUGAGAUGGACAAUGACAAAUUUGGAGGACUCUGGAGUCGCAUCUCACAUCUGAUCUUGCCUGUGGUCCCUGAGACGGACGUGGAGAAGAAAGGAUGUUGAUGCACCGUUUCAAAUGUUCAGUGAAUUUAUUAAAGGCCGUCUUCUUGCUGCAACAAUGCUGAAGUUGUUACAAAAAGAACGACCUAUUAAUGCUCGUAUUCUUCUCAGACGCGAUAUUUUGGCCUUGGCCUUCGAGUACAAUAAUGAAAGAUGACUGAAAAUCUGUUCUGUUUUAAUUGCACUUACCAAUCGACUUAAAUUGUGUUAUUCAUUAUCCCACUUCAAAGCACUGUUACAGUUCUUGAGAUAAAAACCUGAAACCUUUCGCCCUAAAGAAAUCACCAAUGCAUCUUUAGUCGGCGAUGGCCCUUUGAGUCUCCUCAAGUUUUGUAAAAAUCAGGUUAGUAUUUUCUUUUACAAGGUGUCAUUCACAAAGUUGGUUUCUCAUUUCUAUUUGAUACACAGUUGGAUGGCUUGCACUAUAUUUUAGAUAACAUGUUUGUAAGAAAAUGUAUAUGCAAAUUGUAUAUAUAUUUUUUUCAUUUUAUUUUUUUCUGAAUAUGAGGUUAUAUAUUUUCUCUGCACUCUGUAUACAAAACAAAGUUACGGAAAACUCUGAAAAUAGUGGUACAGUAGUAGUUGGGUCACAAAAAGUGCCUUUAAUAUCCAAAAAAUGUUUGGUUUUUAUGUGAUAUUAACAUUGUCAGGUUGAGUUUUUGUUCAUUUAAGAAUGUUUUUUUUUUCCAAUAAACAUUUUGUGAAUGUG